UUCAAAGACACUGAAACAUUCAUGAAGUGACAAGUGUCUUGACUUCAAAGGGAAUUAUUGGAUGGCUGGUGACUUCAACAAAUAAAGGGCCAGAAAACUCCCAUAAUUUUGAGAUAAACCGGUUAUGCAAAAGGGAAGCCAUUAAAGAGCAAAAACAAAUGGAGAAGAAAGGACAUUUUGUGCUAAUUCAUGGAGCCUCUCAUGGAGCCUGGUGCUGGUAUAAAGUGAUACCUCAGCUCAAAUCAGUGGGUCAUAAGGUUACAGCAAUGGACAUGGCUGGUGCUGGGAUUCAUCCAAAGCAAGUUCAUGAGGUACAGUCCAUUUCUGUUUACUUUGAACCGUUGAUGAACUUCAUGGCGUCGCUCCAACCAGAGGAGAAGGUGAUUCUAGUUGGUCACAGCAUGGGUGGGUAUUGCAUAUCAGCUGCCAUGGAAAGAUAUCCUGAGAAAGUAGCUGUUGCAGUAUUUGCCGCUGCUUACAUGGCCAGUCCAACUCUCCCUUUUGUAACUAUUUCUCAACAGUUCAAAGAAAAAAUGGAUUCCGACAAGGCCAUGGACUCUCAGUUUCUUUUCCACAAUGGACUAGAUAAGCCUCCGACUUCAGCAUGCCUUGGACCUAAUUUCAUGGCAUCCAAGUUCUACCAGUUAUCCCCACCUGAGGAUUUAACGCUUGCACUAACUUUAGUCAGACAUGUUGGUUUCUUUAAUGAUGAAGAAUCAAUCAAGGCUGUUGCACUGACCAAGGAGAAAUAUGGAACGGUUCCUCGAGUUUACAUUGUUUGUGGCAAAGAUAAUAUCCUCAAACAAGACUUCCAAAGGUGGAUUGUUGAAAGCAGUCCACCAAACGAGGUAAAGUUGAUUCCGGAUUCGGAUCAUAUGAUCAUGUUCUCGAAACCGAAGGAAUUGUGCUCUUGCCUUGAAGAAAUUGCAGAGAAAUAUACUUGAAAGCGCCAUUGAUGACUACUCUCACUACUAGGAAUUUGCUCAAGAUUAGCUGAUAUGAGAUGAAUAAAUGUCAUAACUUCCAUUGUUUUAGGCUAGAUGCCAAAAUGAACUUUUAAGGGAAGUUACGCUUAUAUUAAAUUAGACUUAUUUCAUCAAUUGAAAAGUUUGGUUAAUCGCACAAA